AUGUCCGAGAAGAGCUGCAAGUCCGAAGUGCUGGUUCCGACAGCCCAACCCGAUCUUUCACCUAAACUCGAGGAUACACCUUCUUCGUAUCCACCAUCCACGGUCUCAUUGACCGCCGACCGAACCCCGCGGGAUCUGCACCCGUGGCCAUCUCCCCGAUACCUUCAGAACAACACCGCAACCAUGGCAAGGCUCAACACAGCCAACCCCCUAGUCAACAACACCCCUCGCAAAGAGCCCGAGGUCACCAAAAGCUCACCGAGGAAUUUUGGCAUAUAUAACGACAGUAUUAGAGAACCGUCUUCUAGCCUCAGAAACACAACAAAGCACAGCCCUUCCAAAAAGCCACCGCAACGACAAGGGAAAGGUUCGAGCGGAUCAUUUGAGAUUUUCUCCGACAACGAUCUGGCGCCAGAUAGUGAAGCCAGACAGAGGUCCAUCGGAAAGCAACAAAAGCAAAGGACACUAGGACUUGCCAGAGUGAACUCCUUGCUCCUACCCGCGAAGCGGCGGCCUCGUCCAGCCAUACGCAGAGAGACUGAAGAUUAUGACAAGGAGAACGACGUUCCAGAACAUGUCUCGGACGGACAUGGAACCCCGGAAUCAACACCAACAAGACCAACUGCGUCGCAAGCCCCCGCAAGAAGCAGAAUGGGCCGCGUCGCCAGACAACCUGUGGUUGCGCAUCAGGAAGAAGUGGAAGAAGAGGAUCACGAAGCAUUUAGCUUUGAAGAAGAUGAUAGCUCUGAUUCAUUAGACGGGUUCAUCGUCAGUGACAAUGAGGAGCCUAGCUCCUAUGAAACAUCGGACUCCGAGACAGAGAUAGAGAACGAGCCCAGUCCAGUGCCGACCCCUGUCAGAUCCCCGCGAAAGAGGCUUAUUCGUGGAAGAAGACCAGCGCUCGAGCCAGAGCCAGAACCAGAGCCAGAACCAGAACCAGAACCAGAGCAGGUUCAUCUCCCAGACGACGAGCCAUCAAUCGAAGAAACGACGCUGCAUGGAGAGCUGGAUCAAGUUAUUGAGAAACCCAAGGCGGCCUCCCCCGAGCUUGAGAAAUGCAUGCCGCAUCUUGAUUAUACGUCUCUUGGUGAUGAAACCAACACACCUGCGCCGUAUUUUGACCUGGCAUAUUCUCCUUAUGCCAACAAGCACCAACCCAACGACCUUAUCAAGCAUCUUGAGGAUCUUGGUCUGGACAGUGACAGUGACUCUCCAUCUCCGCCAAGAGGGUCAUACAGAGUGCGCGUACAAGCACUUUUCCUCUGCCGUCAGGAGUUCUUCAUACUAAACACAUCUCACAGUUCCGAAACAGAACAUGAACCGUCAUUACAACCCCACUCUACACGCAGAAAGCCGUCACCCGUGACACCACUUCGAAAAAAACCCCACGAUUCCUCACCAGACACAGACGCACCCACCACAGUCAAGGCGCAGAAAAAAGCCGAGGCAGCGCGAAAACGCGAGCUGCGCGCUCAAAUAGCCUCUUUCAACGAGAACAAAGUUGCCUUUGCCGAGAACUUCCUCCAACACCUGGAAAGUAUGUUCGAUAACCAGAUCACUCGCAUGACGGAAGGCACCGGCGGCAUCCAAGUGAUCUGGACCAAGAAUUUCCGCAACACCGCCGGCCGGGCUACCGUACGAUCAGAACGUGUUUUCACAGGUGCCUCCGGCAUCGCGGACACCGGAAGACGAAUUCACCAUGCUACCAUUGAACUGUCCGAGAAAGUCCUAGACAGCGAAGACAAGAUCCUAUGCACCCUGACCCACGAGUACUGCCACCUUCUCGACAUGCUAGUGACCGGGAACAGAGGCAAAGGUGCAUCGCAGCACGGCGCCAGCUUCAAGCAAUGGGGCGCUAAAUGUGUCCAGGCACUGGACGACCACCCGGUUUACGGGGGCCGCGUGGCGGUCACGACGAAGCAUACCUAUGAGAUCAACCACAAGUAUGUGUGGGCCUGUGAGGCUGACUUUUGUGAUUUCAAGGUCGGGCGUCACUCCAAGAGCGUUGAUCCCACUCGUCAGUUUUGCGGUCGUUGUAGAGGCACUCUCCGGCAGAUCAAGCCUGUGCCUCGGGCUGUUAGGGCUGUUUUGGUCUGA